UCCCUAAUUAGCAAUAUGGAAUUAGAAAUAAAAUAUAUAUGUUUACAAGAAGAAUUCUUAUCAACUGCUCAAUAUUACAUUAAUAAAAAUAUAUUAAGUAUACUUAAAAAAUAUUAUGCAAAAUAUAUAAAUUCAAAUCGUAAAUUGAGUCAGAUAAAUGAUUUAAAAACAUUAUUGAAAGUAUUAGAAAAGCGUGAUUGUCUUAAUUAUUAUAAUAUAGAACCACUUAUAUAUAUUUCAAAUAACUUUUUAAAUGAUUUUCAAAUACAAAAUAAAUUGAAAGAUUAUAAAAUUUAUAUUCAAAACAUACAAUAUUGUUUAUCCUUUAAUAUGUAUCAAGAAUCAAAAGGAAAUAAAGAUGACAACAAAUCCAAAUUAUCAAAUAUAAAUAAAAGUAAUACAUCACAAAUAAAAGUCUCUAAUGAAUUUGAAAAUCAGUCAACAUUAGAAUACAAAAAUGUCAAAAGCAAUCUUUUUACACAAGAAACGGAAUUACAACAAAUAUUAUUAUCACAUUUAAGUAAAAGAAUUGGUCGUUCUUGGAGAGAUACUGUGAGAUAUUUAAAUAUACCUGAAUAUCAAAUUGAUGUAAUUCAGAACAAACAUCCUUUUGAUUUGAAAGAACAAAGUUAUGAAGCUUUGAAAUUAUAUAUAACCCAAUAUAGUGACAAUAAUUGGAAGAUAAAUUUAAUACAUGCUUUAGAAAAAGCAAGACGCAAGGAUCUUAAGGAACUUUCUGAGAAAUUAAUAUUAGAAUCAAAUAGUUAAUAAUUUAAAAGAAAUUAAAAAUAAAAAAUAAUAAAAAAUAAA